GCAGGGGGCAGAUAGCACCUUCUGUGAAACCUGCUGGAGGUGUAAGCCAAGGAAGACGCUCUAAAAUCCGUUUCCUUCAAAUCUUGGUCUAAUUUAGGAUGAAGUUUCUUUAGGUGGCUUGUGGCAGUGUUGCCAAAAGAAGAAUAGAAAGUCAAAGCAUAUGCAGACCAGCGAUCCAAACUGAGUCUUCUGUCGUGGUGCAUCUGAGAUGGCCAGCUGACCAAGUGUACCGCAAAUGAAUGGACAAAUUGUGUUUUCUACAUAAUUAGGAUGACAGCUAAAUUGCUUGAAUGUACUAGGAAGCAUAAAUUCGGAAGAUCAGUGAGGAAAAAUUAUGGGUUGAGGUUCAGUAAUCCUUCUCCCCUCUCAGAACUGUGGAGGAGCAAGGUGGAGCCUUGUACUUCCGAGAAAGGAUAUAAAGCUGCUGGCGUUUGCCCAUCAUAAGGAACAAGGACCUGCUCAUAGGAAAAAAAAAAAAAGCAAAAUGAAGAAUCUCAGAGGAGCUGAAAACUGACUUUCCCUGAGGUGGAAAAAAAAAUAGUAGUUUACACCAUUUCAACAGAUCCCAAUUGCUCCAAGAAACAAAACAGAACACUUGAAGACUAGGAGGCUGGCUUGGGAUAGUGGAGGGCCUCGUAUUGGCUUCCUUGGUGGACUUCAUUUUCUUAAGCUGGGCAAUUUCUUUCAAGAACAUCUGUUACAGGAUUGAAAUGAAAGUGUUGCCUCAAGAAAUCAUUCAAAGUCCACCAUGGCAUCCCAGGUUUGAAGAACCAACGAUUUGUCCACCAUUAGGUUUUGCCAGGAUUCACUUGAUCAAAGACAAAGAUGGCAUAGAUGAUUAUUUGGCGAAGAAUAUCAAAGGGUUGUCAAAACAAGAAGCUGCGGCUAACAGGAAUUCAUACAAGGAGAACAUCUGCAUAGACAUGCUGCGACAGGGUUAUCACAAGUCCUUCUCCGAGCUCUUCACUCUGAUACAGAAGUGGAAUGCCUUGAGGGAGGCUGCAGGGCCUGGGUCAGCCAUAUGGCAGCGGCAGUCCCUGGAGGAGCAGCCUGAUAAGCUGGAUCAGCUUUACCACUUCCUGACCAGGGCUGAGGCAGCCCAGCGAGCAGGGAACUCUGAGGAAGUUUAUGAUAACCAGCUUAACGUGGCCUACUGCUUCGACAACUCUGAGGAGAAACAGUUAAGGAAUUACUUUUAUGAACAAUGCUUUAACACUGCUCAACUAAUAAAAACUGAUGGUGGGAAAAGACAAGCGCAAGCACAUGCAUAUAUGGGCCUUAUCAAUGAGGAACAAGGUCAUGUCAUGAAGGCUGCUGAGCAUUAUGAAGCAUUUUACCAGCUAACAGAAGGUUCAACGUGGAAGGAUGAGACAGGCCACACUUACUAUUCACUGGCAUGUGACCAUCUUUGGAGAAUUUAUAUAUUACAAGCAGACAAAAUGCUAGAAAACAAAGAACGACAGCAGGCCAUCAAAACAUUAAUAAAAGCUAUCAGAAUGGCAAAAAACGGAGGUGAUAAGAAGAUGGAAGGAGAAGCUGCAUAUUGCUUAAGUUUAGUGUAUCAUUUUGCUGGAGAAGAGAAGACAGCAUUAUCAAUUUUGAACACCUCUAUAAAAAUCUUCACAGCACUGUGUGAUUCUGCAGGCCUAAGAAGAGCAUAUGAAGCUAUAGACAAGAUCCUGGUAAGUCAGGGAAAGGUGGCUGAAAGUCUUGCGCGCUUGGAAGAGUUUAAGAAGGUUGCUGAGAAUGCUCAUCUAAGCCAAAGUGUGGUGGAUGCAUGUGUGUUGAUCGGGAACAUUUACAAUGAAAGAGGGAAUUACGACAAAGCUCUUGAAUAUUUCACUCAGGCUUUCGAGGCAGCAAACACUUUAAAUAAUUUGUCCUUAGCUAAUGAAACAAGGACUUAUUGUGGCAUUGCAAAGGCUCAUAAACUGAUGGUGGCAUUUAACAGCCAUAUAGAAGCAGAAGAUCCCAUCAGCCUCAAGUACUUGCUGGCAUGGAAGGAGAACAGAAGCGACAUGUGCACUGACCCUCUCACAGUCGAGCUCGAUAUAGAAACAAGCCCAUGUGAGCCUCGUCCAGAAACUAGCCCCGGUGAAUCUCUUCCAGAGACGCAAAUUCCAGAUCAUUCCUGAAAACACCUGCUUACUUACAGCAAAGCUGACAGAUGAACGUCGUGAGUUCAGGAAGAUCUCUGGAAACUCGGGCAACAAAGUAAGAAGAUUGGUGGAAGUUUUGUUGUUUAAGUAAGAGCACAUUGUAUAAAUACGUGUUAGCUCUAAGUCCCUAAACGACCGAUUAUGACAGUCGUAUGUGUGGUUCCGUGUCUAUAUAAAAAAUAGCUACUGUCACUGAAAUAAAUGUGAAAGGAAAGAG